UCAGUACCAAAAGCGGUAACCCCGAGCUACACUCGGGAAUACACUGCAGCGUUGCUCAGGGAGUUCCUGCAGCGCUUACCUUGCCCUUCGCUCCCGCGAUGCGUCCCCUGCAGCAUCCCCGGCCAUCUCCUCCGGCCGAUGCCAGCAUCCGGCUUCUGUGUUCCGGUCCCUGUGACGUCGGGACGUACGGGCGCCGGAACCGGCGGCAAAUUUGAAAUUUUUUAAAAAAAUGAUUAUUACAUAAUUUGUUCCUACUGCUUUGUCCGGCGCCCUGCCUGCAUUUUGACUGUUCUUUCU